AUGCUUUUUUUCAAGUUCAUUUUCUUUCUUCCUCAAAGGGUUAAAACUCACAUUAUACAAUUAAACCCGUCGUUUUCUUCCCUUUCCAAAUCCCUUGGUUUCUUCACUCUCCAAGUUCACGGCACACUCUCCGCCAGAAAUAAGAUUUUUGUUCGUAGUGUUUCAGUUAUUAGUCUUUUUGGCCCCGCUGCUAACUCCGGUUCUCUCCGGACGAGAGACGACCUUCAUCAGACAUCAGUUCAUUGCUUCAGUUUCACGCCGUCAGUCGAAUCAGUCCCUCUAGCGAUUCCUCCGCCUCGACAACUCCGACACAGCGGCGCUACAGUCUCCACCGUCGAUCCCUUCCCCUCCUUCAUCAGCGACAAUUGCGACACACGGAAUCAGAUUUAG